AUGGGUAAUUUGACAGAUAAAUAUAAAAUAAAUGUUGGCAAUAAAGAAGUGUAUAAAAUUAGGGGAAAGUGGUAUAAUGUUUUUAGGGUAUUGGGAGCAAGAUUUCCCAAGGAACCUGGGGGGACCACUCUUGUCCCUCGAGACACGUCAUUCGGUCAACUCACCAUCGACGUUGAUGCCCACGAGUCUGGUACUGCCCGUCACAGCUCACCACCAGACCAAACCACUGAAGGAAUCCACCGUCCGGUAUUCCUCACCAGAAAUUGGCCAAAGCCACACAUUUUUACAAAACACGUGACAGAACAGUUACGCCGCAAUAGCUCAGCUGGGAGAGCGUUAGACUGA